AUGUCAAUCAUUAUGGAAGACUCGUCUUCACCAGACCACCAAAAAAUGGUCGUAAUACCAAUCAACCGGACAUUCAGCGACGGCACCCAGGACAACUGGCCCAAAGAUGAGAGAUUCCUGCGACCAGACGAUAGUUACUAUCGGGAGAAGCUGGCCUCCAUGUGGCUGCAGAAAACGGGGGCUUAUGAGCGUGGAGUGGAAUACAUCCUGGACAGUCUGCCUGAUGGUUAUGCUCUAUUUGACAGGCCGCGUAUUGCAAACCCCGACAUUUACGAUCGAUUCCUCUAUGGCCAUCCGACAGAUGUGUAUUUCAACUCUACGAAGCAGUUCUUUCCGCACUUCUACUAUCUUAUGACAGGCGGCCAAGAGCCAUGCACUUGUGUCCUUUGCGAGAAGAUGUCUAAGAGAAUACAAGAAGGCGGCUCAGAAAGACGAGGUCCUGGAAGGCCUCGGGGGAGACCUCAUGGGACUGGAACGCCGAUUCGAACCCCUGGUAGGCCACCGGGGAGGCCGCCUGGUCGACCUCCCGGAUCAAGCGCAAGCAAACCUCCCGGAAGGCCACCGGGAAGACCACCAGGAAGACCCGGACGACCCCCUGGUAGGCCCCCUGGCCGACCUCCAGGCAGGCCUCCAGGAAAGCUUUCGUCGGCGACAUGCCCGUGUACAGAUAACGAGGGGACACCAGACGUGUUCAAGAUGGCCGUUAUGCAGCUCGAGCUACAGGGGUUACAGGAGAAGGACAUCACAGAGCCUGGAAGCAUGGACUGGCGCGCAGAGCGCUCACCACUCGACGAAUACAUCCAAAAGCUGGACAUGCAACCGUCCUUUCUCCCCCGUGCCGGAGAAGUCGUGCUCUGGACGCCAGAUUUCGAAGGCGAACUCGCCUGGAACCCUGAACAUAACCAGAUUCAAGUAUAUUUCCCCAGCGAGAAGCGAUGGUCGGGCACCCCAGAAUGGCGAGCCGGUAUCGUCAGUCAGGUCCCAGAAGAAGACACCAUCUUCCAAGACAUCGUCCAGACAUCCCCCAAAAAACAGAGCGUCAACUACUCAGGCUUCCGCGUCGAAACCUUCCCUGACCCUCACAGCCCUGACAAGAGCUACUCCCUGCACUACAAAUACGUCUAUCUGAAAUCCAUCAAACCAUUCAACGCCUACGAACACUUCCUCCAAAAUAUCCCUCGCGAGAACCUCCACCCCUCCAUCGAAUACGCCAUGACCAUCAUGUCCUCCUUCAGCCUCCUAGACAAACACCACUUCAAAGGCAUCUGGCCCGACGCAUCCAUCUACAGCCGGGGGAUCUUCAUCGGCGCCGAGCUCCUGACCAUCGGCGACGCCGUCCGCCUAAAACCCCAGAACUACAACCCCAACAAUACCCCCAACUCAACCGUCACCGACAUAAUGGUAAUCGAAGAGAUCCGCCUCGACCUGAAAAACUGCGACUCAGACCGCAAAUCCAAGCACCUCGCAGAGAAAUACACCAUCCGCAUCCGCGGCAAGAUCUACACCCCCAGCGACCGCCGCAUCUACCUCACCAGCAACACCCUCCACCCCAUCAAACCCCUCACCGCAGACGAAGUCGUCUCCGCCUUCCACUACGUCGGCAUGAGCGGCUACGGCGACUGGUACCGCAUGCACCCCGGCGCCAUGGUCGACGUAUCCCAGGACAUGAUUCUCGGCCGACUCUACGAGCCCGACGCCCUGCAACUCAUGUUCGGAUCCUUAUCCCUCGGAUAUGAUCUCAACGGUGUGCUCCGCGGACGCGAGUACUCCCGCCAAGCGGACGAGCGCAUUCCAGAGGGGCAGAAAUGGUUCUGGGGCGAUUUCCGCACGCAGACGCUUGCGAUUGACUCGUUAAAUGGCGAGGAUGUGGGACAUUAUAGCGACGCUAGGGAUAUGAAGAUGUGGAGGGCGAAUCUUCGUGUAUUAGAUGGGGUGGCCAAAGCGGCGGAUUUCAGGGAGGCCAAGAUACCGGGCGAUGUGGGACGGCCGUCGACGAAGUCCAGGUCGAAUUUUGCCAAGGUUGGGAAGCUCAGUAAGCUUGUUAGUACGGGGUUGGGGGGUGCGGAUUUGAGUAACCCUGUUAGUGAGGCGGAGGAGGGCACGAGUCGGUUGUCUGAAGAAGAGGAAGAGGAAGAGGAGGAGGAGGAUUUCUCGCUCCGUAUGGAUCAGUUGCGCGGCGGGACAGAGGAAACAGAAGAAGGGGACUAUGUGCCUGAUAAAGAGAGGGAACCCAAGCGAGUAAGACAUGAUGAUUGA